UCACGACCUUCAGCAACUACAGCCUUUCAAUGGGGAGGAUGCAUCGCGACAGUACUUAGUCAGGUCUUGCACCGAGCUAAAGAAUCAGGGAGCGAUUCGACGGGGCUGGGACGGUGGGCUUAUGUUCGUCUUCAAGGAAAAAAGCUGAAGGCGCAGGGGGGUGAUGAUCACUCCGGCUUGGUGCUAGACGUAAAUGCGGCGGUCCGACGCCCGAUUUCACGUGAUCUAGUGGUUGUCUCGGCAUACAGGCCAAACAGAAAAGGUACUGGGGAAUCGACCGUGUGGGCCCAACAACGUCUAUACUUUAACUCUAUAAAACGUAAGAUUGAUCCGCGCAAAGCAUUGGUUGAUGACUUGUGCAAGCAAAUUCAAAAGUGGAGGGACGAGGGUUGUGAAGUUUUGCUGGGGAUUGAUGCUAACGAAGACCUUUUGGUCAACUCCCCGGACUCCAUACGACAGCGGUUUUGUGAGUGCGGAAUGGAGGAAGCGAUUUUGAAACGGCAUCCCCCCACGGCGACCCACCAACGAAAUCAAAGCAACGUUCCCAUCGACGGAAUCUUUACCACUUCAGGUGUUCCGGUUCUGGCUGGUGGCUACUACGCAUUUGGUGAAUUUGUUGAAGCAGACCACAGGGCACUAUGGAUCGAUAUCGACUUGAACACGGCUUUGGGUAAUUUCACACCCCAGGGGUCUACCUUUAAACCUCGCAAGCUCACUCUUUUGGAUAAGCGGUCGGCUAGACGCUAUCUUCAACUGGCCCACUUGGGUUACGAGGAGUAUGACAUCCCGUCCCGUCUUACCAAGCUCAAUCAGCGCAUUGAAUCCAAUGGACGACAGAUGUCACCCUCGCUGGGAUACCCCGCAGUUUGUCCUAGAUCCGGGUUUCUAUGA